GCGGCAUGGGCGCCAAGCACUCGUCCGAGGAGGCGUGGGAGCGCGAGAGCAGGACGGACCUGUGCUGGGAGCAGGUGCAGGAGGGGCUGGCGCACGCGGUCGACUUCAGCUGGGCGCAGAUCAAGCAGCUGCACCAGCGCUUCCGGCUGCUGAGCGGCGACCAGCCGGAGCUGCGGCCCGAGGGCUUCGACGGCGUGCCCGACCUGGCGAGCAACCCGCUGCGCGCGCGCAUCGUGCACGCCUUCUUCGACAACCGCAACCUGGGCAAGGGCUCGUGCGGCGUGUCCGAGGCCAUCACCUUCCAGGACUUCCUGGGCAUCAUCGCCUACUUCCGGCCGUCGCUCGAGCAGGCGGAGGCGCCGCGCCGCGACAAGAUGCGCUUCCUGUUCCACCUGUACGACCAGGACGGCGACGGGCUCAUCACGCUGCAGGAGUACCGCCGCGUGCUGGAGGACCUGCUGUCGGCCGCCAACCCGCAGGAGGACCGCGCCAGCGUGCGCGCCAUGGCCACGAACGUGGCGGGCGGCGCGCUCAGGGAGGCGGCCCGCGCGUCCGAGCGCCCGCCCGGGGACGGCGAGCCCUACCCGGGCAUCGCCUUCGAGGACUUCGUGCGGACCUGGCGCGGCAUCGACCUGGAGGUCAAGAUGCAGGUCAGCUUCCUGAACCUGGAGGCGCUGUGCAAGUGACCCGCGGGCGCGCCCCAAUAAAGCUGUUCAGAGGAGAGCGGCGUGCGCCCGGGAGGCGGCGGGGGCGUCUGGCCGACGGUGAGGCUCCGCCUCGAGGCAACCGCAAAGGCCUUCUGCGUCCGCAGCCGCGCGGAUUGCGCUGCGCACAGCGGCUGCGGCCGAGCCUCCAGCGCGGGGAGGAUGCAGGGUGUGGG